AUGCUGAGCGAAGACCCAACCAAUAAAUUCAAACGCAUUGGCGUUGUCGGAGUAGGAAGUAUGGGGUCCAUGAUGACCUUUGCUUUCUCCGAAAUGGGCCUUGAUGUGUCCGUGUGGGAUGUGGAGAAAGCAAAUGUCGACAAAGUGACAAAUUGGGCCAAGAGCGCCAACGACGUGAAGGGAAAGAUUGAAGGAUUCUACGAUAUCAAGAAAUUCACCAAGAGUCUUGAAGGUGGUGAACGCAAGUUAUUCAUGUUCUCCAUCACACACGGUGACCCUGCCGAUCAAGUUCUGAAACUGAUCAAGCCUGAUCUUAAGUCUGGGGAUAUCAAGGAAUGUGCGGCGAUCGGUGUAUAUUGGAUCGGUGUUGGUGUCUCUGGCGGGUACCAAUCUGCACGUCGUGGACCUAGCCUUUCACCAAGUGGAGAUGCUAAAGCCUUGCAAAUGGUUAUGCCCUUGCUACAGAAAUACGCAGCCAAGGACCCCAAGACCGGGAAGCCCUGUGUGGCUCGUAUUGGACCAGGUGGAUCAGGUCAUUUCGUGAAGAUGGUUCACAAUGGAAUUGAAGGCGGUAUGCUGUCAGUACUUGCAGAGGCAUGGUCAUACAUGCACUAUGGUCUAGGUAUGGGCUAUGAUGAGAUUGGCGAUACCUUUGCCAAAUGGAAUUCCGCUGGUGAACUGCGCGGCAACUUUCUCAUCAAGAUUGGUUCUGAGAUCCUGAAAACUAAGAGAACACCCCAAGGAGAUGGCCACGGUGAGGGAAUUGGAAAUGGUGGAUAUGUUCUCGACGAUGUUCUGGAUAAGGUGGUCCAGGAUGAUGACGAUACUGAGGGAACGCCACUCUGGUCUCUCAUGGAGUCUGCUGCGCGCCAUGUAUCUUCUCCCACUCUAGCAGCCGCACACUACAUGCGUAUUGCGAGUGGAAAUCGGAAAGAGAGGGUGACAGCUGCUCAGAAGCUUAAGAUGCCCACUCCUCAGCCUCUCAAAGACGUCCAGAACAAGAAUGCCAUGGUUGAGAAAUUACGAAAAGCAGUUUACAGCUCUUUCCUUUCCUCAUUCUGCCAGGGUCUGGAACUGAUUUCCCGAGCAUCUGAGGAUGAAGGCUGGAAUAUUGAUAUGGGCAAUUGUAUCCAGAUUUGGCGAGCAGGCUGUAUUAUUCAGUCCGACUAUAUUGCCGAUUUGUUGCAGCCGCCACUGUCUGCGAAGACAACCAUGUCUAAUAUGAAGUUCAUCGAUGCUGUUUCAAAGGAGCUGCGUAACAGCUUCGACGCAUUGAAGGAUAUUGUGAUUGAGGGUACUAAGACUGAUCAGUACAUGCCGGCUCUUUCUGCUACACUUGAUUAUCUGAAGUAUGAGGGUGGUCUUGUGUUGCCGACCAAGUUUAUGGAAGCACAGAUGGAUUACUUCGGUGCUCAUUGUUAUAACAAGCCUGGAGUUGCUGGUGAAGAUCCUGGUCCUGUUAUGAAGGGUCCUCAUCAUUAUGAGUGGAAGGUGGCUUAG